UGUAGUAUGAGAUGGUCGUGCAAACGAUGCAAUUUUAGGUCAUUAAAACGUUUAGAGCUUAUAAAACAUUAUAGAUUGAGGCUUCCACACACUAGUCAAGGCCGAUCACUACCCUGCUUGUACUCAGAUUGUCCUUGUUUAUUUAAAAGUUGGGGGGCACUUCAUGCACAUUUGUCUAGAAAUCAUACACAGACUCAACAGUUAAGGCAGAUAGUUUCAUUUUCGUGUCUUGUAUGUAAUUCAUGUAGUUUUAACAAAGAGAAACAAUAUUUUGAACACCUCUGGACUCAUCUGAAAAAGCACAAAACUGUUAAUUGUGUUUUUAAAGAUUGUGACUACAGUACAAAUAUAUAUUCAACUUUUGCUUCACAUAAAAGUAGGAAGCACAAUCCUCACUGCAUUGAAGAUUUUAAAAAUACUGUAUUCCAGACACAUUCAAGUCAGGCAAGUGAGGUAACAGAGGGUAGUAGUUUGAUUGAAAGUGAAGUUACUUCUGAUGAAACAUUUGUCCAAGAGGGUGAAGAUUUAGUCCAGGCUAUUGUUGAUGAGCUUGGUUCCUUAUUGCUUAAACUAGACUGUAUAUUCAAUGUGCCUAGAAGAUGUAUAGAUGAGAUUGUAGAGGAGCUUCAAUUUAUUACUUGUUCAGCAUCUGCACCUGUUAUUAAAAAUAUUGUCCAUAGUACAUUACAAAACCAUAACUGCACUGUUGAAGAAGUGGUGAUCACAGAUUUAGUAAAAAGCCUUUGCCAGUUAAAUCCUCUUAGUGUAGCCUUUAGUGGAGAAGGCUCUCUUGGCACGGCAUACAAGAGAAAUAGUUAUUUAAAAGAACACUUCUCUAUUGUUGAACCUGUUGAGUAUAUACUAGAUGCGAAAGAAGGAAAUACCUUUCAGUAUAUACAUAUUUUGCAAUCCUUGUCACAAGUUCUGAAAAAUAGUGACAUCCAGGAGAAGGUUUUGAAAAGUGUAAGACAUUGUAGUUCUUCAUGUCAGUACACUAGUUUUCAUGAUGGUACCCACUUCAAGGAAAACACAUUUCUUUGUGGAGAAGAGUUAAGGCUUUCACUCCUACUUUACUGUGAUGACCUUGAAAUAUGCAAUCCAUUAGGAACACCUCGUAAGAAGCACAAGAUCAAGGAGGAAUUCAGGAGAAUAACUACCAUUCCCCUGGAGCGAACCUUCAUGCACAAACUGGACGAACACACACCAAAACGUAUUACCCUGAUGAAAGCCAAGGAAGGUGCCGUGGGGAUCAAGAUGAGGACGCUCCUGGACAGACUGAGUCAGAAACAGAGCAUUGAGAUGAGGCGUGAAACCAUUAUCCGCAGCCUUAUACUGUACCUUGGCGAGAAGGAAGAGGAACUUUUUGAAGACUGCUUGGAGGACAGCCGGAGUGAUGUCAGGAACCACAUCCUCAAAAUACUCGUCGUCCACGGUGCUGAUGAGGAUCCAGUCGAUGUCUCCACCCUUACUAGUGGGUUGCCUGUCAUAAAUGUUUUUCAUUUUUUGUCAAAUAAAGUAUCUGUUAAUGACAGUAAAGAUUGUAUUCUUCAACAAGAAUGGUUAGACACCUUAAAGGCCUACUGAAACCCACUACUACCGACCACGCAGUCUGAUAGUUUAUAUAUCAAUGAUGAAAUCUUAACAUUAUAACACGUGCCAAUACGGCCGGGUUAACUUAUAAAGUGACAUUUUAAAUUUGCCGCUAAACUUCCGGUUCGAAACGCCUCUGAGGAUGACGUAUGCGUGUGACGUAGCCCGGCGAACACGGGUAUGCCUUCCACAUUGAA